CUUUUAGCAUCGCUGGAGUGGUGGACUGUCGGUCCGUCUUGGCAUCUGGCUGUAUCUUGACCUCUGGCCCACACCCAGGGAACCAACUCAAAAGUUUGAACCUCGCAAUAAUUGCGCACCAUGACGACCAGCAGCCCAAAGACUGGGCCUACAGCCACGGCCACCACAACCACGCACCUGGACCCGGAGCUGUUCGACCUCUGCGUGCGCGCCUUUGCCGGCGUGCCCGUGGCCGACGACAACCACACUGUGGCUGCGGCCGUGCGCAGCCGUCGCACGGGCGAGACGGUGGUGGCCCUCAACGUCUACCACUUCACCGGCGGGCCCUGCGCGGAGCUCUGCGCCUUCGGGGCCGCGGCCGCGCGCGGCGUGCUCCCGACCGACGUCGAGACCAUCAUCGCCGUGUGCAGACGGCAGAAGGAGCAGCAGCAACAGCAGCAGUUGCAAAAGGGCCCCUGGGACGGGGCCGGGGACGGAGACGUCGUGUUCCGCGUCAUCAACCCGUGCGGGAGGUGCGCGCAGACCAUGCUCGACUAUAACCCCGAGAUCGGCGUCAUCGUAAUGGACCGGCACGGCCGGGAGGUCAAGACGAGGGCGCGCGACCUGGUGGCGUACCCGUCCGUCUGGGAGGAUGGCAACACGGGAAGAGAGGAGAAGAGGAAGGCACUCGAGGCCGGCAGGACUGGGGAAGAGUGAAUGCGCGCCUUAUCCACCGUUGCAGAAGUUCAGUCCAUGCUACGUCGGCAACCCGAAUGAUCCGAGGUUGCAAUCGGUCGUUAAAGUCGGACCAAAAGUAGCUAAGUUACCGGAUGAGCCCGAGAGGUGUUGUGCUGUCGGCCACCGCCUUGAAGACUCCAUCAACAAUGAACUACGUGGACAAGUCAGCUUCGAAGAGGAGCGUAAGGUGCCUUUGAGUUACGACUAAUUAAAAGUUUCUGUCCUAUUGCGG